ACACAAAUAGGCUACCUAAGGAAACCUUGUAUGUGCACUACUACUUCUGGUAUGAUGAAUGUAUAUGUUUACAUAACAUUACUAAUACAACUUGAAUUGCUAAGUUUGGGGAGAUGGCGUCGUUGGCAGCAAUAGACCCAGGGCUAAGCCCGGGGACAUUACCGAAAGAGGAAUCCGUAGUACCAGUUUCUAUAUUCGCACCGGACUGUGGGGAUGACCUUUCAGGGGGAGAGUGCUUCGAAGACGGAGAGAAUGUUAACGGCGAGUCCGAGGAUCAUUUAGACUUUACUAGCAAGCUGACUCUGGUCAGCCCCACAGGAGAACAGUAUGACUCGUUACUACGGCAACUCCGAGAGAGGAUGGAUGAAGGAUGUGGGGAGACCAUUUAUGUUGUGGGAGUGGGCUCAGACGGAGGUGACUAUGGUCUGGACAAGGGGGACAUGGAGGCGUCAGUGGCCACAGUUCAAUCCCUGUGUGAGCAGAUAGAGGCAGACAUGAUCCUGCUGAGAGAACGUAGCGACGCAGGGGGGAAAGUACGAGACUACCUCAUCCGCCGACGGGUCGGAGAGGAGGACUUCCUGGAAGUGCGGGUGGCGGUGGUGGGUAACGUGGAUGCCGGUAAGAGCACCCUGCUGGGGGUGUUGACCCACGGGGAGCUGGACAACGGCAGGGGGUUCGCCAGGCAGAAACUCUUCCGACACAAACACGAGAUGGAGAGCGGCAGGACCAGCAGUGUUGGGAACGACAUCCUGGGCUUUGACCAGGAGGGACAUGUGGUGAAUAAGCCAGACAAUCACGGGGGCAGUCUGGACUGGACAAAGAUCUGUGAGAGGUCCUCUAAGGUCAUCACCUUUAUAGAUCUGGCCGGCCACGAGAAGUACCUGAAAACCACUGUGUUUGGAAUGACCGGACACCUACCAGACUUCUGUAUGCUCAUGGUGGGCAGUAAUGCAGGUAUUGUAGGGAUGACCAAGGAGCAUCUAGGUUUGGCUCUAGCCCUGAAUGUACCAGUCUUUGUAGUGGUCACCAAGAUCGACAUGUGUCCAGCCAACAUCCUAGCAGAGACACUGCAUCUGUUACAGAGGUUACUGAAGUCCCCAGGAUGUAGAAAGAUCCCUGUACUGGUUCAAAACAAAGAUGACGUUAUCGUCACUGCAUCCAACUUCAGCUCAGAGAGGAUGUGUCCAAUCUUCCAGGUCUCCAAUGUAACAGGAGAGAACAUGGAUCUUCUGAAGAUGUUCCUCAACCUACUGUCUUCUAAAACCUCCUAUAAAGAAGACGAGCCUGCCGAGUUCCAGAUCGAUGACACCUACUCAGUACCGGGUGUGGGCACCGUAGUAUCCGGCACUACGUUACGUGGAUUGAUACGACUGAAUGAUACGCUGCUGCUCGGCCCAGACCCCCUGGGCAGUUUCCUCUCUAUCGCUGUCAAAUCUAUCCACCGCAAGAGGAUGCCUGUCAAAGAGGUCCGGGGGGGACAGACCGCCUCCUUUGCACUCAAAAAGAUCAAGCGUUCCUCCAUCAGGAAGGGGAUGGUGAUGAUCUCUCCCAGACUAACACCUCAGGCUACCUGGGAGUUUAUGGCUGAGAUACUGGUCCUGCACCACCCCACCACCAUAUCACCACGAUACCAGGCUAUGGUGCACUGUGGCAGCAUCAGACAGACAGCCACCAUUCUGACCAUGAACAGAGACUGUCUACGUACCGGGGACAAGGCCUCAGUCCACUUCAGAUUCAUCAAGACCCCUGAGUACCUCCACACAGACCAGAGACUGGUGUUCAGAGAGGGACGGACCAAGGCUGUGGGCACCAUCACCAAGCUGCUCCAGUCAGUCACCAAGGCCCAGCAGGCCAAGAUGCAGUCCACUAAGAAGGGCACCACGUCAGCCAAUGAGGAGGCAGGAUCUGCACCGCGGCCCGACAGCCCCAACGCAGGACAGGUACCGACAGUGGGGGAGGAGGAGACGCUAUGUAAAGACGGAAACAAAGAGAAUCAGCCCAAGUCAGGAGGUGGAGGCAGGAGGAGAGGUGGUCAGAGACACCGAGGAAAAGCCCUGAACAGCACAGCAUCACCAACAUCACAACAACACACACCAGCUGCAGCAGGAGUGGGCACCACUGCCUAACCCCCCCCACCAUCUCCUCUCCUUCCUCUCUCUAUACUCUCUUCUGCAUCCUGCAUCCUAUCUUCUCUCUCUAUCCCCUCCUCUACAUCCCGUUUUGUAAUCAUUCUUAUUCCAAUUGGCGGAGAAGGAAUGAAUGUAGCAAAGAAAAGGAGGACGAGAAGUGAAACAUGCAUUAAUCCUAAAUGAUACAGCUUAACAUGUACAUCCUAGCUAGAUCACCAUUACAGAGUAGUUAUAGAACACCGUUAAAUGUCACUAUGGCAACUAACGACUGAACUGGCUCCUGGAAUAUAGCAGAAAGAAACAGUUUAUUCAAUAUAACAGACACGGUGUAGUAAUAGAAACAAAGUUUAGAUUUAUUCCAGAUUCAUUAUGUAGGCAGGGAAGACAUGGUGUUCAGGUACAGAGACCUAACUGUUGUCUUAAGGGGUCGUCAUACAGUCUAAAAAUAACUGACUCAACAUUCAAUCUAACGGGAAAUAAAUGGUGUAGUUCAGGGUUUAGAUGAAGUCUAACAGAACGGACCUGGCAUAGGAGUCAUAAGGUUUAGAUUUAUUUAUACAGGAAAGGAAUAGUGUACUCCACAAGGUUUCCACUCAAUCUAAUAGAACAGGAUAGGCGUAGUUCAGACACGGGAUAGCCCUACCUAACCAACCCCAAGGACAAUGUCCACUAGGCUCAUACACUGCCAUCUGACUAUACAUAAAACAGUGGUUCUCAAACAUUUGGAUCAGGACUCACUCUAGGUCAUGUUUUGUUCUAUUUUUGCCCUGGCUCUAUUUUAAUAGGAAAAACAACUAAUUUGGGCCUUGGAAAACCUGGUAUACAGAACCAAUCAUUUUAGAUAUGUGUGCCUUUUUUAUGUCUGCCCAAAAAAAGCAUUGAGUAGAAACUAUGAAAGCUGUGGAUUUUGGUCUUGGAGAAAUUAAGUGAGCUACAUUGUUCAAAUGGUGCAAAGUUCGUUCAAAGUUCUGUUCAUCUUAUGCAGUCAGGAAUGUUGACGCGUACUGAAAGACAGCCAGCAUAUCUGUUCUGUAAUUAAUUUCAAUAGAUUUUGGAAUCGUUGCUCAGCUACCCUUGUAGCGUGUUCUGUGUUGGAUUAUUUAUCUGGCUUUCAUAGAUGAAAGGGUUUGGAAAAUCCAAGAAGGCUAAUACGGCUUAAAAGUAUUUCAGGAGGAUUUAGAAGUUUUCCAUGUUAUCCUCAAUACCCUCUCAAGGACAUUGUUUGAGCCCAAAAACGCAGGCGGAAUAGUAGUUUUAAGAUUUGUUGUUUUAUUCAGUUUCUAGUCAUGCACACCUAUACGAGUUGUUGGUGGAACUAGGGUUUUUGGGAUUGAAGAUUUAGGUUAAUCCAUUUCCAUACUUGAUAUGAUUCAAAUAAAAAAAAUUCUAAGCUUUGAAAUGUUUUUAUCAGGUGAUGUGAGCAUUUUUAUUUUGGGUUUGUAUUGGGACAGGUUUCAGUGGUGGAAGGCUUGAAUUGGUUGUUACCACCAGGUAGAAGUUAUACUUUAGUACAGAUCUACGAUCAGUUUAUCCAGCCACAUAUGUAUGUCCUGAUGUAUUAGAGGAGGGAACAACUGACCUUAGAUCAGGUCUAAAGGUAACCUAAUUUUAUUUCUUCUCUGCUUUUAUGAUGGAUGUUGAUCUCAGUACAUUCAACAACCUUAAAAAUGUUUUUUUUUAGCUAAUAUUAGUGUAUACAUUUAUUUUUAUUUUUGAAUGGACUGAGCAACACAUUUUUGUGGCUGCAUCUUAUGUACAAAAUGGAAUGUUGCGCUGAAAGAAAAAGAAAGCUGUUUAACUUAAAACACAGUGGUGCCAGUUUGUUGUAAAUCCUUUUAAAUAAAGCUCUUUCAGAGUAUCAA